UCUAUGACAGCUCGAUUAUGGGCAUCUUUGCUAAGAAACAGACAGGAGCGGGAUAGUUCAACUUAAACUAUAUUACAAGAGAAAUAUAAAGAUUAUCAAGGGCUAUCGCAAAAAUCUGGAAUCCUGAUACGCCUUUUAAACACAUCUCUAGGGAAUUAAAAGACGAACAAGAUGGAAGACCUGUAGCCAAUAUGCUGAACCUCACGCUGGACACGACAGAAUUGGCAUUAGAAUCUGAGUUAUUUGUGACGCCUGAGCACGUAGACAUCGGAGAGCAAAUCCAACCCGAGAAAGAAGAAGACAGGCAACUUAUCCUUCCAAAUGGGAUUAAAAUCAAAUUUGAGCACAUUGUAGCCCUGGCGGGAGAUUUUUAUGGUAAACCGAAAGCACCCAUCAUCGAUCCAUUUGACGAAGAAGACGUUGGCCGUCGUAAGCGCUUCAUGGCUGCCUUCAACACAAUGGCGCGUGCACCUGACGAUGAAGUAGAAGAGCUGCGCAUGCUCAUAGCUAUUGCAGAUAAGGACACGGAUUUCAGAAAACAAGAUGAGAUCACUGGUGGUAUAUGGAUCGGUGGUGUCCCCGUGAAACCAGGGCGAAUGCUCAAGUUGGCUAUGAAUAACCAUGACCAUUUUCUACCACACGCCAGAAACGCUUAUCUGAUUGGUCAUCAGUUGGCCUUGGGGAAAGCAAGAGAAGCGAGUCAAGCAAACACAGAAGACGAGAAGACCAAACUUCUCCAUGAAGCAUAUGCCAUGGAGGCGUUUGCUUGUCACUUUCUUACUGACACCUUUGCUAGUGGACACAUCAGGACACCAAGAGCAGAAUUAGGAAAAGCAACAAAUCUCCAUGUAGAUGGUCAUUACCUGAGUAAGUGUAUGCAUGAUGAAGACGGACAGUUUGGCCUGCGAGUAACUAAUGUCAGAGGAGACAAGUGGAUUGCUUAUGGUGAUGGAAUGCUUCAUAAAAGCGAAGACAAUUUCAAAUAUGUCGUCGAGGCUACUCAGAAAUCAGUCAACCAAGUGUAUGAAGCCUACCAAGACCCUAAUAAAGUUAUCGACACCGCUGAGGUUACCGAUAUUAUCCCACUGGUUGACGAUGAAGAGAAAAACAACUAUCCUUUGUUCCAAGUGAAGCCGGACGGAAAACUACACAGGCGGUCCAACAUAAACAAUCUGCAAGAUGCCAAUACAAUCUCUAAUUGGUGGGGGCCCUCGACAGCGACGAUGCUAUCAGUCCAGUACAAACCGAAAAACUCAGCAAUAUAAACUGAUGAAGAUUCAUAUUAGCACAAUUUUCAGUGCAGAGGACACUAAGCGUGUCUGAUUUUUUCCUUUUAUCUCUUUUUUUCCUAAUUAUCCUUAGCUAGGUUAGAUGAAUUCUAUAAAUGUGUUUGAGAAUAACAUUGAAUUCCGUUCAAUUUAACAAAUAAUUUUGGUAAGUGUUUUGGAGAGUGUCUAUGAUAUUCUUACUCGUAGUGGCCGGAGUAUACCGAAGUGAAGUGUGUGAACCGGGCCUCUUUUAGGGCCGUCUUCCGCCGUUUGGCCUUAAAAGAUGGCGAGUGUGAUAAUUAAACUAUUUAGUCUGAGUUCCUUUUUGGGAUUUUGAAUCUACUUGUUAUCUAGUUUUUAGCUGUAAACUAUCAGUCGUUUAAAAUGAUAACGUUUGAAAACUGAUUUAAUUUGCAGUAAAACUAAGUUCUACAUUUAUACUAAGCACCCAUAUUCUACGAUACCAAAUGUGGCGAGCGAGUGUCAGCCACUGAUAAACAUAAUUAUAAUGACGAUGGUCCUUUGCAAACCUUUUGUAAACCUCAGUCAUUAUAGGAGUAAUGUCGAAAGUAAUGCGUAAGCUAAUAAAUGUUGACCAAAACGAAA